GCAGUGAGGGGGGUGGAGUUGGACUUUGGAUAGGAGUCUGCAAUCCCACUUUCCAUUGCCAGCCUCCAGAAUAAAGCAAACUUUCCUUUCUACCGACAUGUGCCUCUCUCUGUAUUGGCUUUCCAGAGGCAAGCAGCCGGACCUGCAUUUCGAAGGCUCAGGAUAAAAGGCAAGAGAGUGCCACACAAGCAGCCACCCUGACAGGGUUUCUCGUCGAAUCAGGGGAGACCAUGACCUGCUGUGAAGGAUGGACGGCGUGCAAUGGAUUCAGCCUGCUGGUUCUGCUUCUGUUGGGAGUAACUCUCAACGCAAUACCUCUAAUUGUCAACUUAGUUGAUGAAGACCAUAGUUUUCAAAACCCCAUCUCUUGCUUUGAAUGGUGGUUCCCAGGAAUUAUUGGAGCAGGUCUGAUGGUCAUUCCAGCAACAACAAUGUCCUUGGCAGCAAGAAAAAGAGCGUGUUGCAACAACAAAACCGGGAUGUUCCUUUCAUCACUUUUGAAUGUAAUCACUGUCAUCGGUGCUGCGUAUUGCCUGCUGGUGUCCGUCCAGGCUCUCUCGGAAGGCCCUCUCAUCUGUAACUCUCAAGGCAACAGUACUUCCACUUGUGAAUUUUCAUUUAACAAUUUGACUGCCUAUCGCCUAGAACCCUUCAAUCUGCAGUGGUUCUUCAACGACUCUUGUGUUUCUCCUACGGAUUUCAACACCCAAGCCGUCAGUGACCCAGGGGCCUGGGGCGGGGGAAGAAGAUACACCUUGCACUUCAAUUCUACAGAGAACAGACACAGGAUCAUCCAUUUCUCAGUGUUUUUAGGUCUCCUGCUUGUGGGAAUUCUUGAGCUCCUGUUUGGGCUCAGUCAGAUCAUCAUCGGCUUCCUUGGCUGCCUGUGUGGUGGGGUCUCUAAGCGAAGAGGCCGAAUUGUGUAGCUCACGAAUGAUAAAAUGGAAUUACUAGUUUGAACUAUUUGAGAAGGACGUUUAAAAGACACUCUUCAGAUGCUAGAAGCUCAAUCAUGGAACACUGCCUAGAAAGCUGGAUGAGUUAAGCUUCAUCCAGAAGGUUGUUUUUAAAGCCACCUUUGAGGUGAUCUUAAAAAAAAAAAUCAAUUUUCACACAUCAAGCAAGUUGGUUAAUGCACAUUUUCAUAUGGAAAGAAAAAAAAUCAUCACUGGUUGACUUUGGGGAGAAGUGGACAGAAGCUUUCAACUUGUGUCUGUCUGUGCUCCCAUAUUCUUCGAAUUUUCUAACUAUUCUCAUGUGUGGAGGGAGGACAAGUGGGAACAGAAGCUGGAAGUCAAAGUAUGGGGCCUUUCUAUUUUAUUUCUUUACACUUUAAAGGGAUAAAUAUAUACAGCUGACCCUGGAACGACAUGGAUUUGAACUGUGCGGAUCCACUUAUAAGGCAGAUUUCUCCCAACAGCACAUACUACAGUGCUACUCACGCUGCAACUGGUUGAAUCUGGGGGUGCAGAGCCGCGGACACGGAGGGACCAUGCAUAUGGAGGGCCAACCACAGGUUAUGUGUGGAUUUCUGACCACGUGGGAAGUUGGCACCUCUCCCACCCCUAAAUUUUUCAAGUGUCAACAGUCAUCUGAAUGUCAUCAGGUUUUUAGACCUAAUUCAGCAUAUAGGAAAUCCGGGAAAAAAGGACAUAUUUAGGCAAAUUCAAAAGGUGAGACAGUAAACACACAAUAGCCCCCUGUUCUCAGCAAGUUUAAAAUAAAAGGUUGGAUGGGUUGAGGGAACUAUUCUAGACUGAGAUCAAAGAGACAGACAUGAUUCAAAUGGAUUAUGCAGACCUUGUUGGGGACAACUGGGAAAACCUGUGUAAGGACUGGUUUAGGUACUAUUAAGGACUUAUUAAUUUUUAUUGCUUGAUAAUGGUUUUAGGAUUAUGCAGUAAAAUGUCCUUGUUUUUUCAGAAAUGCAUAUUUAUGUGUUUGGAGGGAAAUGACAUGUUUUUAAAAUAUUCCAGCCAAAAAAAUAAAGCAAUGGAAAAAUGUUAAUUGUUGUAUUUAGGUGAUAGGUAUAUGUCAAUUCAUAUAAUCUUCGGUUUUCCUAUGUUUGCAUUUUUCAUAAUAAUUAAAAAACAAUAAAUACCUAGGAAAAAACUCAGUCUUUCAAAACCUGACUUAUAUAUAUGCCAAGCUUUAAAAGACAGGAUAACAGAAUCUGUGUAUUUUCCAUAUUAAAAUGUUAUAAAACAGACAAAACUAAAAAUGGCAAUUUUCUGAAUAGGAUCAUUCCUGCAUUUUAUUUCAAUUAUUUAUGUUUACUGGGCUUAAGGGUCUAGAAAUAAUUCACAAUGCCUGUAUUAGAGAUGGCCCCCUUCCCCAAUUCAUAAUGUCAAGAAUUUACAAGUUUUUUUUUUUUUUCCCUGAACCCAUUUGCUGUGCGUACCUUCUCCUUAUGCUACUAUAAACACCAGUUUGUCCUUAAGGUCUGGCUUCAACAUCUCCUACUUGAGAAAGCCUUCCCAGACUGCAGGAUUCCAACAACCUAAGCACUCACCCAAACCACUGUUACCAUACCUGUCACAAUGUAACACGCUUUUGUUUGUAAGUCCAUCACUGUAAGAGAAUUUAAGAGAACAGGGACCAUGUCCUUCUCAUCCAUUCUUCCACCAAGCUUCAGUUCCUCAACAAGGCCUCUCCUCCCCCAGCCCUACCCACCACCCAUCUAAUCUCUAAGUCCUCUCCAUCCUGCAGACCCCAGCACAAGCAUCUCUUUUCCUGCGAGGCCUUCCCUGAGCACCUAGUGAAAAGCAGGGCUCCCUUUCCUCUUUCCUUUAGCGUUCUUUCAUUUACAGGACUUAUCACCAUGGCAACAUUUUAAUUUGUGCCUCUUUCUUAAAUUUCACUCUCCCUUGAUAGAGCGUAAACUGCACGGGUGCAGGGGUUUCCUUGAUUCACUCCUGGUAUACGCAGUCCCAGGGACAGUGCCUGAUAGCGACUAGGGCCAUUAUGAAUAUUUUGCUACAUGAAUGAAUGAGUCCUAUCUUCAGUACUCAGAUUUCAGUGAAGACUCAACGCCUAUUAAGUGAAUGUCUAACUCCUAAGAGCUGUAAAACUAAAACACAGGUAAAAUGAACAUGACAGCUCCCUGUACUUGACUGAACAAGUCAGGGGUGAUGCAUAUGAUGUUCAUCACCCUGGAGGUGGGCGGGAGAUAACCCGUUCUCCACAGGGUCAUGAACACACAGAGACGUAAGCCUCUCACUGGUACCUAAACUUACAAACGCACGUCUGCGUACACACACACAAAUGCACGUAGGCAUUUACGAAGCUCAUUGCUUUUAUUUCUCACUUCCAUCCCCAUGUUCAGUCUUGUUUUGUAAUCUUUACACUUUAUUAUUUUUUUACUACGUCCACCAUCUGAAACACUCUCUCCUGUCCCUAUUCUUCAGCAUAUAUCUCAAGCUCCUUCGCCUCAAUACAAUUGUUUUUAUAAUCCUCUAACUUAAUAAGCUUUACUUUCCUGCUCGUCCAUGAAUGCGUCCAUUCCUUAAGAGCAGGGAUUGUGGCGUAUCUGCUGUGACCACUUAACUACUGAGGUCGGGGCGGUGCGCACGCAAGUCUCUCCUUAUUGACAUAAUACGUUGUCAGCAAAAGAACAGUUACGGUAAUUAGACGUUUCCAAACUUGAGGCCAGAAAAAGUUCAAUUUCAAAGUCAAAGAUAAUUAAGAAGCUGGAAAACAGACAUUGAUGCAGGAAAGGAAGGAACGCUCUCUUGCAAAUACAGUUUCAUCAAUUCUCUCUCAAAGUAUAAACCUGCAAAUGCUUCAACAAGUAUUCCCAGAAAUGAAAAAAAUAACUCAACCUUUGGAGUUCUGAAAGGAGCGGAACAACGUACUUGCUACACUUCACACACUUACGACGUGGCUGUGAGUGAGUAGGGAGUGUGUUAGGCUGAUCACUGCUUUACCGGCCCUGACUGAUCCCUUUCUCCCACUGUUCCCUGCAGCUGGAAUCUUUUCUUCAUCCUCUGCUUGUUGAAAUCACAGAUUUAUUUCAAGGUUCAGCUCAAACAGUUCUCUAAGAAGGAUUUCCUGACCAGGAACGAAUUUGUUCCUUUCAAAACCACUUUCUUACAGUGACGAGCAACUUCUAGGGGAGGGAGGCUGGCACAGCAGAGCUUGGCUCUGGAGGUAGAGAUUCAGGCAGUCUUUUAGAUCUGUGGCAAGGUGGAGACACGUUUCUUUGCUGUCCCUUUUGGAAUGGCAUGUUGAUUUCUCACUUACCCUUUUGCCUGGGGAGUAGUUCUCUGGGGUCCCAGAUUCAAGCAGGAGUCUCCUGUUACAGCUAGCAUCUGCUUAAGAAGACACGGAAUUGUAUCUCCUGCCCCCUGUACAGCCAUUAAGGGAGAAAGUCCUAGAAUUCCAGUGUUUGAUAAAACAGGGAGAAAUACAGCUUUUAUGUUUAUCUCCAAGAAUUCUUGCUUUUAUUUCAUUUUUGACCUUUGUGGAAUUCUUUUCAUGCCUGCCCAAUAAAAGAGGUACUAAUUUUAUCCUUUUUUUUAAACAUUUUUGUAGUUUCAAUUGGGAGGUUUACUCAGAGAAAUUACCUUGUGAUAUAAAGACAGAACUAACACAAUUAACUACAUCAUUAGAAUAUUAUAAAAGUCAGAAGACUGCACUGGGUGAAAAAAACUAUCACCAAACUCAUGGUAAACCCUAGGAAGUAAAGAAUCCCCACUUCAAGUUUUUCUUCUUUUGGAAGGACAGGGGAGAAUCAAGAAUAGAACAGUGCAGUCUACUUAGAUCUAAAGACUCUCCCCUGAGUUCUCAAAACUCACUGCCUUGGUAAAGAGAUAUUGAAGAUACAUGGCGAUGCUGCCUCUAACUAAAAUUCUACCCACUUCUGAACCAACACAGGGAGAGUUUGAGAAUUAAAGGCUCCCAGGACUUGGUUUCACUGAUGCAUUUAAUUCUCACGAGAUUUAGCGUAUCAGCUAAAUACAAUGGGAAAAGCAACACAGCUCAAGAUAUUUUCAUCUGAACCACUUUACAGACACUACAGAUUAGAAUAAAAUAGCUGUAACAAAACCAGCACCUAGCACGACCGGCACAAAGAUAUCUGAAAGGAAGCAAGUUAGAUUCCUGCCACCUGUCAAGGCAUUAAUUACAUUAUCUGUUCCAGAGCUGGAAAGACUUAAGUUCAUAUAAAGUAAUAUGAUACGGAACAAAGCUCCCAGCACAGUAUGAUGAAAUGAAAUCUUUCAAUAGACAAACACAGCUUUGGUUGACAGUUUAUUAAAUGCGCUACAUUUGCACCUUAUUCUGUGGUUUUUUAAAUCUCUCACACAUGGGCUUAGUAAAAAUGUACUUUAUAGAAAACCAUCUGCAAAACUAAAAUAAAAAU